AUGGCUAGAAGCAAUAAGCUCAAGGCUCUUGCUUUGUUAGUUCUGCUUAGCAUUAGCUUCUGCCUUUCCUUCGCAAGGUCCUUGAAGCAGGCUAGCAAGCCAAAAUCAAGCUCUGGCUACCAAGUAGCUGAUGAUGGGGACGGAGGAGGCGAUGAUGAGGGCCCCCGUGGUUAUGGUGGUUAUGGUGUUGGCCAAGUAGGUGGCAACAGCGAUGGCGGUUAUGGUUAUGGUGGCGGUGGAUAUGGCAGUGGCGGUGGUGGUGACGAUGGUGGUGGUGGAUAUGGCGGUGGUGGAUAUGACGGUGGCGAUGGCGGUGAUGGUAGCGGUGGAUAUGGUAGUGGUGACCCGCCGCUUCCGGCUGGGAGCCUCUCCCCUAUGUCUGAUGAUGGUUUUCCCCCGCUCACUACCUCAUCCACUUCUAAAACCCCUCCUCCUUCCAUUUUACCUCUAUGGAAUAACCUCUUAACUUCAACCCUUCAAAUAUCUACUGAUUUUUCUCACUCGCUCGGCUUAGUUCCAACUCAAAACUUCACGGCUAACUUUACCACAGAGCAAUUUGUUGCUGGUGCGCCGGAAUGGACUCUGUCGCUGGUGGGUUACUCCAUCGGGAAAAGACCUUUCUACGAAGCCCUACUCUCGACGAUCAAGAAGGCUUGGCAGCUAAAAGGAGAGCUUUCUCUCCUUACCAUGGACGAUGGCUUCUUCUUACUCAAAUUUUCUGCUCUUGAAGACUACGAAUAUGCAUGGACCAGAGGCCCUUGGUUUUUCUUUGGAAAGCCAUUCAUUUUACAGAAGUGGACUCCUGAUUUCGUUCCAAAGCGAGAGGAAUUUCCAUCAAUACCUCUGUGGCUUAUUCAUGGAACUAUUACUACUGAUGCUAAUGAUAUUUGUGUUGUCACUGUUGUAUAUGCUAGUAACUCUCAAGAUGAGAGACAUACCCUCUGGAAAAACAUUCAAGAUUUGGCUGUGUCAAUCAAUACACCAUGGGCUAUUUUGGGUGAUUUCAAUUGUUGCCGAGAGAUGGGGGAAAAAGAGGGGGGCUCUUCCCUUACUGCUAAUAAGAUGGGAGACUUCAAUAAUAUGAUUUUCAAUGUUGGAAUUCAUGACCUUUCAUCUGUAGGUCACUUCUACACUUGGCACAAUCAGCAAACUCAAAACCCCAUUCAUAUUAAGCUAGAUCGUGUACUUGUUAAUGAUCUAUGGCUUCACAAAUAUCCCAGCUCCUUUUAUAAAGUUGAAGACCCUGACUGCUCCGAUCAUUCUCCUCUCAUUCUGAUUCAAACCAAUCCUCUGGACCCUUAUCUUAAUGGAAAACUUCAUCACAUCAAUAACAGAUUAGCUCACAGUCAAGCAGCACUUUCUAGUUGGAUUACUCAAAGAGCUAAAGUAAAAUGGAUUACUCAGGGUGAAGAUGAUCUGAAGUUUCUAUACUCCAAAAUCAAUGUUACCAAAAAUUAUAAUAAGAUCAAAGCAAUCUCUAAUGAUCAAGGCACCUACUCCACUCAAGCUGAUAUUGCAAAAGUCUUCAUUAAUCAUUUUAAGACUCUUUUCAACUCCCCAGCUCCUAAUCAGUUGGGCAGGGACAUCCUUGCUGGAAAUCUGAUACCGGCUCACAUUACCUCUUCCCUCUUAGCCCCGGUCACAAUGGAAGAGAUUAAAAAUAUAGUCUUUACUGGAAACUCCAACACUGCUCCCGGCCCAGACGGUUACACCUUCGAUUUUUAUAAAUCUACUUGGAGUGUUAUUCAACUUCAACUUUUUAGAGCUGUUACCUCUUUCUUCAAUACGGGAUAUAUGCCAAAUCAGGUCAAAGCUACUGUCAUUGCACUAGUCCCCAAGAAACCCCAUGCGAAUAAUGUUAAAAACUACAGACCUAUUGCUCUUUGUAAUGUGCUCUACAAAAUCAUUGCUAAAAUCAUUGCUAAUAGAAUGAAAUUAGUGAUGCCUCUUAUCAUUCACUCAAGUCAAGGUGGUUUCAUCCAUAAGAGAAUCAUAUCUGAUAACAUCCUACUGGCAGCUGAUAUCCUUGGUACUUUCAAUAUUAAAGACAAGCAUAAAUACUUAUGUGCAAAAUUUGACAUAACGAAAUCCUUCGACACAGUGUCUAGAGAUUUCCUUUACAAACUACUUGAAGCUAAAGGAUUCCCUAAUAUGUUUAUCAACUGGAUCAAAGCCUGUACAUCCAAUAUCCACUUCUCUAUUUUUAUUAAUGGGGUGCUUGAAGGCUACUUUAACUCUACUUCUGGGAUUAGACAAGGGUAUCCGCUGUCCCCCUAUCUUUUUAGUAUCAUAAUGGAUGUACUGUCCUCAAUUUUGGAUCAUGCGGUCUCCAACAACACUUUUCAACCUAUCAAAGCUGGGAACUGCUUUGUCUCUCAUCUCAUGUUUGCUGAUGACCUCCUUGUGUUUGGCUCGGCCACUACAAGGAAUGCACACUCUAUCAACUCUAUUCUUCAGGAAUUUGCAGGUAGUACUGGGCUGAAAGUGAACCCUCUAAAAAGCUCUAUUCUUAUUUCUAAGAACACUAUUGAGGCAGAGGAUAUUUGCAAUACCCUCAAUAUACAUCAGUCUCUCUCAUCUAUCACAUACCUGGGAAUUCCAAUCUUCUACAAAAAACUUAAAAUCUGUGACUUUCAACCUCUGCUGCAAAAAAUCACUACUCACCUAGAUGGUUGGAAGGCUAGAACGUUUUCUCUAGCUGGGAGAAUCCAAUUUAUCAAGUUUACUAUAGCUAAUACUUUAGCUUAUUGGAUCCGAGGUUCAAUUAUACCUAAAAUCUGCUGUAUAACAAUUGCUAGGAAAUGCUCCAGAUUUACCUUCUAUGGCAAAAUCAAAGAGAAAAAACUUAUGACUAUUUCCUGGAAUAAAACUUGCUGUCCUAAGAUCAAAGGGGGAUUGGGUAUUCCAUCAAUUGAGUCUCUUAAACACAGUUAUACCUGUACUACAAUAUGGAGAUUCUUAAAUGAUAACUCUCUGCUAUUUUCUUGGUGGAGAGCUAGAUUCAAUUCUUUGUGGAAACCGAUUACCUGUAAGUACACUCAUUACUGGAAGAUUUUGUGUGCUAAAGCCAUAGAGAUAAAAAAUUGCAUUAUCUUUUCUAUUAAUGCUAGCAGUAAUCUGUCCUUUUACUGGGACCCUUGGUGUGGUGGUAAUUCGAUUGCUGAUUUACUUAAAAAUACCUCUUCAUAUCCCACCAUCUCUUAUCUUAUUAAUUGCCCAGUUGCCCAGCUUAUUCAAAACGGAAAAUGGGCCCUUCCCAAUUGCUUGGAUAAUCACCUACUCUCUCUUAUUAACUCUGUGAUUAUUGAUCCACUAUUGGAAAAUCAUACCUGGAAAGACAAGAAGAAUCCAAAAUACCGAGAUUUUUACACUCAAUUUUAUGAUAAUAUGGAUAUGAUGCCUUGGUAUAAACACAUUUGGCAUAAGAAGAAUGCCCUUCGCUAUUCAGUAUAUGCUUGGUUGGAUUUUCGCGGGGGCUUAAAAACUGCAGAUGUUCUUGCAGUCCGUGAAAUUCUGAUGCCUAAUACUUGCUGCUUUUGUCAUGUGGAGAGGGAAACUAUUUCCCAUCUUUAUUUUGAAUUUGUGGGAGACAAAAAUUUUUAUUGGACGAUGAUGAACGCUGAACUUGUUCAGCUUCCUCUUGGACGGUCUACUGGGCAACCAGAGGCUAAGCUCAUACUUUGA